AAGUCUCAAAGGUAACAUUGAUUUAUAAAAAAAGAUACACGCUUUCACUUCACGUUAAAUGAAGCUCUAAUCUUUGUCUAGCACAAACAACUUUCUGUAUAUUUAUGAAUUUUUGUAAAAGGUUUCAAUGUGAAGUAAGAAGGAACUUUCAAACAUUAUAAUACCAUAAAAAUGAUAACAAUAUUAUUAUCAAUACUGGAAGCAAUCACUAAAUUUCUCUGUAGUUACUUUUCGUUUAUGCACAUUUUCAGAACCAAAAAGUGUACCUGUAAUACUUGGUUUACAAGACGUAGAAAGUUGCAGGGGCUGUAUUGUUGGGGAGGAAAAUGAGAUAUUAAAAAUACCCUGUGAGAUACAUGGUGGUUCCCGUCCUAUAACCGUGACCAUGACAAUAGGAAAUGAAUCAUAUCCUCAUCUAAAGUUCAAUUCAACGACGUAUAUUGCGUUUUGUACUAUUAAGGAUCAUCAUCAUAUGAAACAAAUGAUGUUUUCAGUUAUGGACGAUGCAAUGUCGUCACCUGUAAACGCCACUGCUACGAUUUUUGUUAUAAAACCACCAACGUUUCAAUUUGCGAUGAAGGAAAUUCUAAGAGACGGUGAAGCUUUUAAUAUCACGUGCAUGCUAGAUGGUGGAAGACCUAAUCCGAAUGUAUAUUUCAACAUUUCCGGAUCGGAAAUAUCGUCUGCAAAAACUCAUUUUUAUAAUUCGACUUCAUCUUUACAUACUAAUAUUAUCACGCUGACUUCAUUCAAGAAAGAAUGGAACAAAGAAAACAUCACGUGCUGUCGAUAUAAUGAAUGGUACAAAAUUUCGCGGAAAUGUUCACCGCCAAAACAAGUUAAAUAUCUGUCUAACCAAGAUGGUUUAGAGACAGGUGAUAAUACUUGUACAAAAGGCAAAAACAAAAACGGUGCAGGAGUCGAAGCUAUAGUUGGGUCUGUGGUUGCUGCAUUAGCUGUUGGAAGUCUUAUUGGUGUGAUUUGUACAAUGUUUUUUCUUACUAGAAAAGGACUCUUAAAAAGUAACGGUUGGAAGAAGCGAAAACCACCUCAGCCAACAGUGUCUUCUGAAACAGAAUUUACUGAACCAGCAUCAACACUCCAAUCUCAAUAUGAUAGUCUGGAUCAGGGAGCAGAGAAAUGUCAUACUUAUACAGACCUUAAGCAUAGUCGAUAAAUCCUAUCUUAGAUUUAGGAUAUCAGUCUUGGACGUUUAGAUCAUAGCCUGUUGGCAAACACUUUCUUUACAGAGCGAUUGAUUUUGUGGGUUGUAUUGGCUUUUUUUAUGAAUGAUUGUUUAUUGUUGUUUUGUUCUUUUUGUUUGUUUUUUUCUUGGUCUGUUUUUUUUUACUCUGCGCAGUCUUAAGUAAAAUACUUGUUUUGCAAAAAAUAUUGAAGUCUUGAAAAUGUUUACUAACUUAAGGUAUGUCUUAUUUGAAAAGGAGAAUACACAAAGUUUGUUUUGAAGCUACAUUCCAUACUACUGGUUAAGUUAACUUGGUUCGUUCUUUAAAUAACUACCAGUUUUAUAUGACACUGCAUUCAAUCGAGUUUACCUAUUGUGUUGUAUAGAGUUUACAUCGUUUAAUACCGUCACUGCUUUUAAGAAAAGGUUGUGUUUUUAUCCAGAUUCUGAUAAAUUUGGUCGAACAUUGCCAAGUUAAUGAAAAUAAAUUUCAUCGCCGAUUGUAUAGUUUCUUAAAUCAUAAAUACAUAAAAGCACUCGCUCAUAUUUGUAAAAAUAAACAUUUUAUUUAUAUAUAUUUCAUAAACAUUGCAUUUAGUCAUUGUUAAAUAACAAACGUAAAGUUUACACACGAGAUAACCUCAGAGGGGUGACUCGCCCAUUCUUCAAACGACUCAUUGAUGUUUACAAACAUGUAGAUCUGCUAUUUAAUCCGAAACAUUUAAGAAAGUGUCAAAACUUAAAUGCCUUUCACGAUUACACUUGUUUAAUUGUUGUUAAAACAGUUUUGCAAUAUAUUGAGUUAUAACUCUUUCCAAUAAUUCUAAUUAAGACAAUGCAAGUUCUUUUCAAGAAAGAAUUUCACCAUGAAGAAAUAUUGAACUGCUUCGUUGGUUUUAAAUUAUAAUUAACACAUAUGUUAAUAAUGUUAAUAGCAUAGUGUGAAUUAUUAAUGUGUGAAUUAUUAAUGUCAUUAUAAUCUGCACGUGUGUUUUCGAGUUUCGGGAUAUGAGAUAUUCAGAACGAAUUGUUUGUAAUAUUCUCCUCCAAAGCCAUAUCUUAAAGAAUACAGAAAAAUUCUCCGGUUCUUUUUAUAGGAACUACUAUCACAACUUUUAACUAAAAUAUGACCGACUCUUAACUUCAUGCUUUAGAAUCUUAUCAAUGUUGUAAUGACUUUUAAUUGUUUUAUUUUAGAAGAAAAGCCAUUUGAGCAUCAAUGUUAGCUUUGCUUCUUGAAAUUUCUUCAGGGAAAUUUAUUAAACAUAAGAAAAUGUUCGUGUCAUAGGAAAGUCAAAAAUAUUUAGCAGUGCCAGGUAAUCUUGCACAUCCUAACUUUUAGGCUCUAUACUGCUGACAGUUAACAUGUAUUCUGAAAUAAAAAAUCCUUAAACGUUAUAAUAAACAGUCCCUAAUUUUAACACUCAAAGUCAGUUUGAAAAUAUAGCAGUCUUGACUUUAUUAACAUAUAUGUUUCGGCAAACCUACUACAAUCGCUGUCGUUCUUUAUUUAUCUUACAUACAGACACUCUUUAAAUGGGUAACGAGUAGGACUGUUCUAAACGUUUUGUCAUUAAAAUUAAUAUAAACAUUUUUGAUGUCUCAGGGUUUGUGGUUUAAAGAAGGUUGCCAUAUAAACUAAAACACAUUGCGAGGGGUGAACGGAAAGUUCGUAGUUUCUUCGAAUAGCGCAAUCAAUAUGUGUUUCAUUACAAUGAAACAUUAAAUAAAAGUUUAUUAAUCUUUUCUCACUAGCGUACAUUUGCAAAAAUAAAUAUUGUAUAUUAUUCGCUAUAUAGUAAGUCAGUGUCUAUAGUAAUGCAUACCAGCAGCCCUGGAGCUCAUAAAUAACUAGACAUUUUUGAUGUCUCACUGUUUGUGGUUUAAAUCAGGUUGCCUAUUUUUGCUGUAGUAUGUCAUUGCAUAUUCUUCUGUUUAUAUAUUUUGUAUAUGAUGUUGUUAGAUAUGAGUUUACUUGAUGCUACAAGAACGUUUUUCUCACAUUUUAUUAUCUUUCUAAAUUAAUGUUAUCUGUAAUUGCAUUUUGAAAUUCUCUUAAAAUAAUCUUCUCGACCUGUGAUAAAAGCACAUACUUAUACUUGUCAA